GGUGGGUCAUGAGUGACACAUCCUGGAACUCUGAGCCGAGGGUCCCACGCCUCUACCCUGAGGCCCCAGACCUCGGACUGCCUUAACUGCUCCAUGUCCUUCAAUACUUUUUCUGCUGCAGCCGAAACAACUGGCCUGACACAUCAAACCAAGACCGAGUGCUGCUUCAUUCACCUUCAUGCCUUUGUCACAAGUGAGACUGGGUGAGGAGGAGCACUCAAAGAGUUAUCAGUGUGGGACAUUCAGCAGAGGAAGCUAUCAGUGACCCUGCGCUGCGGCCUGUGACCUCAGGCUUUCAUUGCCUCAUCCAGUUAAGGGAGCGGUGAGGCUGUACCUCUCCAGGAGGGCCCAGCGACGGGCAGGCUCCCUCUCCCAGCUCUGUGCUCUCCUGGGAGAAGUCUCCCAGCCAUCCUUAGCCUCCAGCUAACAGGCUCCUGCAGUUAAGGGUGAUGCCAAUUGCAUUGUUGCCUGUAGUCAUCUGCCGUCUCUGACUCCUGCAGCUCAGACCUGGAGAACCUGACUUCCUGCUCGCUCUCUUCAUGUCACCUCUAAUUACAUUAAUCCAAUCAGAACCAUUAACUCCUCACAGCUGAGAGCAGGAAGUCAGGAGCAGGCGUCCUCCCCCUCAUCCCCUCACAAACACUCAGAGUCCCAGCUCGACUCUCAGCUCGACUCUCGUUGGUUGUGCUCUGGAUGAAGCUGGCAGGGCGACCUCUUCACUGGGUGGGUUAACACACCCCAGCGACCGGGCUGCCAGGCAGAGGGGGCAGGACGAGCAGGAGUAGAGGCUGCUGGGAAAAAAGGAGACGACGUGCUGGUGAAGAAAGAAAGAGAAGAAGAGAAGAGGACUUUGAACCUGCCACACACACACACACACAACUGAGAAUGGGAGCCACAUAUGGAAAGAAGAAGGCGUACAGCGUCGGCCACGAGCCUCCUCCCAAGCAGCAGUGUGUGAAAAAUGGAAAGCACCCAGACGGCAGAGCCUCAGCGUACGCAGACCUGCAGCAGCACCGAUCCGAUGGUAUCCACAGGAAGUCGUCCCCUGCGUCUGGCUUUGUCCCCCAGCCUGACUACCAGGAAGGAGACGAGAACGACGACCUCAUCAAGCCCAAGAAACUUUUGAAUCCUGUGAAAGCCUCACGAAGUCACCAGGAUCUUCACCGAGAGCUGCUGAGCAGCUGCAAGAG